GUUGAAAAAAAAAAUUCGACAUACCUAUUUAGUAUUUACUUACUUAAGGUAUUACAAUAAUAACAUUAGUGCUAUUUGCUACAUGUUUUUUAAUUACGAAAACUGUGAGCUCUUUCGUUCGACCGACGAGACGACCAACCGUUUUCGAUACUCACGCACGAUACGGUUUUCCAAUUUGCAGUAAUCUCGUUUCGCCCGCGCCGAUCUGUCGGUGCGAACUCAGCAUUAUGUCCUCCGCCAUCGGAUGCGGUUUGUUGCCACCGUAGCAAAAACAAUAUUGUCUGACAAGUUGUGUCAGUCCACAGUUGUGGCAGAGUCGUCACGGUGAACGCUUUGAGUAUACGUGCACCACACGAUUGGCCAGGUCAAACAAGGUACACAUCAUGGAGAAUAACGUGAGAGAAGAACUGCAGCCGACUAUUGACGAUGACAACAAUCGUGGUCCGUUGACUUUGGACUUGCUUCUAAAACAAAUAGACGAAUUGCAAUUGGAGAAAAAAGAGUUUGGCUUGCAACGCGCCAAAAUGAAGGGGUUUAUACUGCAAAAAGAAGAGGAGCUUAAGCGUAUGUCAAGUAUAUCAGCUGAACUGAAAAGGUUACAAGAUGAGCUAGAUGAGUCACAAAGCCAGCAUACUGUAACUAAGCUUGAAAUGGAAGGGCGGUUUGAAGAACAAACCCGCAAGUAUAAUGAGGAGAUUUCUUCGUUGCAUAAAGUGGUUGCUGAAACUUUAGAAGAAUCUAGACGGCGUGAAAAUGAAACUAAAAUAUAUAAAACAAUGAAUGAAAAGUUGGAAAAUGAACUUAAACAUUGUCGCAAUCAAAUGUUGAUUGGCCAGCAGGGAAAUAAUAUACUCGGCGAAUCAACACAGCAACAAAUACGUAAUGUACCUGGUACUGUUCUUUCUGCGAUUGCUAGAAAAAUGACAAAUCUUGCUUCUAGCACUGAAUCUGAUGACUACAGAAAAUCUCAGGAUGAUGAAGAUAAUGUGUAUAAAGCUCUAGUGGAUCCAUUAAAAGAAGAAGUUGAAGCACUAAAAGAAAAAAUUCGUGAAAUGGACACAGAUAUCACCUAUUAUAAAACUAAAUUAAACGAAUCAAAGAAUAAUGUUGUGGAAAAGUUAACUACGAACAAUUCACAAGAAGAAUCAUCUAAUUCUUCAGCAACUGGAGAUUUUGUCUUCCUAAACACAUCAAAUGAUAAUAAUACUAUACAAUGUGAACAAUGUUCUUUGUACAAAGUUCGUGUAGAAGAAAUGCAAGAAAGAAUAAAUGAAGCAGAGAAACGUCUUUUGUCCAUGGAUAAGCUUAAAGAUGAACAUGAUAAAGAGACUAUUUAUCGUAAGGAGAUGGAAGAAAAAUGGAAUGAAAAAUUAGAUGAACAUAAAAACAAGGUACAAGAAUUGAAAAGUUUUUCCGAUCAAUCACAUGAAGUGCUUAGUGAUCUCAAAUUGCAAUAUGAACAGACGGUGAUAGAUUUUCAAAAAGAAAUAAAACUCUGUACAGAAAAUGGUGCUAAAAUGAAGCAACGCAUCUUGAAAUUGGAAGAAGAAAAUCAUAAUUUAAAAGAGAAACACAUGAAGUUUUCUGUACAGUUACAAAAUGAAGAAAUUAAUCUACCUAGUUCAGUAGCGGAGCUUCAGGAAUAUUUGUUAAAACGCAAUGAGGAACUUAUAGCUAUGUCUAUUGUAAAAGAAUCUAUAGAAGAAGAAUUUAACAGAAUAAAAAAUAGUGCAGCUAUUUCUGAAAGCCAAAUACAAGGACUGAAUUCAACAGUAACUUUACUGGAAAAACAAUUAUUGGACGAAAGAAGUCGUUUUUCUGAGGAAAUUAAAAACACAAAUCGAUGUGAAAAAGAGCUAAUAAACUGUCGGACUCAAUUGGAUACUGUUUCUAAAAGAAAGACUGAACUAGAAUCUAUGGCUUUGGAACAACGAAAUAAAAUUGUAGCUUUACAAUCUGAUUUGACAAAUAGUGAAGAAGUACAACGUGAUUUUGUUCGACUAUCCCAGUCACUUCAACAAGAACUAGAACGUAUCAGAGAAUCUGGCACUUUGGUGAGAUGGGAACAUGAAGAAGAUAUAAUUGACUGUCGUGAUUGUGGAGCUGUAUUCUCCGAUCCUAAAAUCCAAAAAAACCAUUGCAGACAUUGUGGUCGAAUCUUCUGCCCAUCCUGUUUGUCCAGAACAGUAAAAAGCGGACCUAAUAUGAGAGACUCACAUGUUUGUCGAGUUUGCCACACUUUACUUGUACGGGAUUCAGCGCCAUAUUUCAGCACUGAACCUCCUCAUCAGCCUAAUUAAAUAAAAACUAAAUAUGGUCUAACGUUUACCUACACAUGGUGAUACUAGAAUUUAGUUGUAUUUUUUUUAUUUAUUUUAGUUAAACUAUAAAUAUUAUAUUUUUUUUUUAAACUUAUUCUUUAAAUUUUAUUUUAGUGUUUAUAAAAAAUGUUGUGGCCUUGUCAUUGUGUUAUUUAUGUU